UUGGCAUGAUCUCUUCCCCCGACCAGCUUCCCUCGAAAAAGGUUAAAAAAUAAAAUAAAUAAAAAAUAAAAAAAAACCUUCGAACCGUCAUAUAUAGCGAGAUGAAGAAAUAGACCGACCCGCACUGCUGCUCCUGCCAGGAUCUCCUCCCGUGCCGAUACGCGGAUACUACCCAGUCACAAGAGGAUUACAGCGUAAGUAAAUAUACUGCCUACAAUCAUCCCGAUGCUUCUCCAGGCUUCUCGAGGCAACCUCUCCGCAAACUGUGGACCUGCGGAUAGCAGCAGCAGAACUCUCACUUCGCAUUCUCUCAACUGCUAGCAGCAUCAGCCAGCCAGCUAGCUAGGCGGUGUUUCUGCCCUGCACAAGUUUGUACAGCACAUUACAUCUAGUGAAUACUUGCUGGUGGAAAGGGUUUCCAAACCUGACCGUGGAAAAUCAGUGGAUGCAGCUUUGCUUUGCACGCCGAAGAAAGGAAACUCUCAAAGAGCUGCUUCUUUCCUGCGUGGGUGCCCCUUUUUAUAUUUUUGCGCAAGAGGGAAACUCGCCGAAUGAGGGUCCCUUCUUUCACCUCGAUAUUUCUUUAUUUUACAUCUGUUUCCAGCUUCCGCUUUUCCGUUUCUCCCCCUUCGGUGAAAGAAGGUUCCUCAGGAACUUCCCAAGGAUAUAUCUCAGAAGAGGAAAAAAGCAAGGGCUGAGGACAGGUGAACAGCUGUCUGUCUGUGCCUGCCACAACGAGGAAAAGAACAUUUUGCAAAGCGAUUGGACUAACUAGCCCACAGCAGCUGUCAAGUUCCUGUAUAUCGGAGAGGAAACAAACAAGUCACCUAUUCGGCCAAAUCAAAUUCCUACUAUGCCUCUGCCUCUAUAGGGUCCAAAAGGUCACCACGGCUUCACAUACUGAACAUUCUAUUUUGCGAACAAACGUCGCCUAAGCCUUGGGAUUGUUCUUGAUGAUUGGGGGUUUUUUCAUAGCCCGGCCUUGAUGAAUGUUCUGUCCGCCUGGUUGUAUAAGAUCUCAUGCCCACUGCCCCUUUUCCGCUUCCUACGCGGUGGGUGGUGGUGCCGGUGCAGGCUACCUGAUGAUCGAUAACAGGGUAACAAACAGGCUUUAAUUUGACCGGCCAGGCAAUGGACAAGGAGUUGGAUGAGAGCCUUGUGCGCGUUGCCUGUGCGUGUGCCUGUACCUGACUUGAGACUUCUCUCGUAUGUAGGCAGCUCGAUGAAUCCUCUGUCUGUCUAGCAACCUAAACUGCGGAUGGAUGAACCAUGAUCAGCGUCGUAUCGUCAAUAAAUCGUGUAAUGGUCCUGAAACAAUAAUGGGUCGUGUUCCGUAGUGGAAGGAAGGCGGGGGAAGAAAAGAGAGGGAAGUUGGUUGGCUGUGCCUGACUGGCUCAGCCCUGUUGCAAGUCCGUAAGUUCGUUACAGAGUAACUAGUUACAGCCUAUGUAAUUUAUAGAUACCAAGACCUUCCCCAAGGUACCUACAGAAAAGAAAAACAUCCCUGGCUUCCCCCAUGCUUACGACGGGAAUCCGUAGCCGACGACGAUAUAUGUAGCUACUGUACACUUAAUAAUAUUGUCCCAAGAUUCCGAUUCCGACAUGCUUUCACUUUAGCUGUCCAUUGGAAUGGAUUUCGUCAUGUAUCGGGUGUUUUGUGUCAGGUGCGGUACCUGGGAACAGUGGCAAGAGUGGCUCCUGAAACACACAGCGGUGAUUGGCUGCAUCCUGGAUUAAUAUUUCUCCGGUUCCUGUUUGCCCCUCAGUGCGAAGGGAGGCGGGGGGAAUAAAAUACCGCUGACUAAAGUGGGCGUAUUGUCGUUACCCUGAUAUACCAUACCAUACCUCGCUCUUCCCUUUCCCCUUCGCGGCGGUGUCUGAUGACUGAACUGACUUGACUGACUUGACAGGUUUGAUCGUUCGUUCUCAGGCUUCUUCUUCCAUUGUUUUCUGUUUUCUUUCUCUUCCUUUUUUCUCCCCCACCAAACAGACAUCGUCCCAUCACCGCCGCCGCCAUUCAAGACAUAACGACAUCUUCAUAGACUUUCUAUCCCUAUAGCUCCUGUCUUCCUGUCUUCCUGUCACUGCUGUUUCAAAAAACAACAAAAAAAGAACUCUUGUGAAGACAAAUCCCUCUCGAAAACCAACCCAAAAAGAACUCCCAGCACACGACCCCACCACGCUCCUACUGCUCGUUUUCCUUCAGAUCCUUCUCUUUCUUUCUCUCCUUAACUUCCUUAUCUCACAUACCAUACCUCUUCUCUCGAAAUGGCCCUCAAGAGAAUUAAUAAAGAACUCUCAGACUUGGGACGCGAUCCCCCAUCGUCUUGUUCUGCUGGUCCCGUUGGAGAUGACUUGUUUCACUGGCAAGCUACGAUCAUGGGUCCUGGUGAUAGCCCAUACUCCGGUGGUGUCUUCUUCCUAGCCAUACAUUUCCCUACCGACUAUCCCUUUAAGCCACCCAAGGUCAACUUCACUACGCUCAUCUACCACCCAAACAUCAACUCAAACGGAAGCAUUUGCCUGGACAUUCUCAGAGACCAAUGGAGUCCUGCCCUGACCAUAUCGAAAGUUCUACUUUCCAUCUGCUCUAUGCUCACAGACCCCAACCCGGAUGAUCCAUUGGUACCAGAAAUUGCCCAUGUUUACAAGACCGACCGUCCGCGGUAUGAAGCGACAGCCCGCGAAUGGACCCGGAAGUACGCUAUUUGAUGAAUGAAUUAAAUGCCACGGCAAACACGUGCACAUGCUGCCCAAUGUUCCUCUAACCACGAAUUUCUUUUUUUUUUUUUUUUAUUAUGUUACUUUUAACGUUCCCCCUUACCUACCCUACCCCUUUGAACGUACGAGAAGAUAAUCCUUACUUGCUUGCUGCCACGGGAUAGAUAAUUCUCCUUUGUUUGCUUUGCUCUGUGUUGGUUUGGUUGAUUUUUGGCCGGGCUGGAGAAGGAGAGGGAAUCGAUCGAUCGAUUUGUUGUAAUUGGGCCGGUAUAUCAACCAUUUCAAUCAGGGACGACAAAGGAGCGAGAGGAAAAUGAUAAAUAUUGAUGGACAGAGAAAGCUGGAAGACAAGAAACAUAAAAAACAGAAAAAAAAAAGAGAGAGAGAGAGAGCGAUCAACCCCCGAUCAAUAUCAUGUGAAUAUAUUUUCCAAGCAAGUGUAUCUUUUUUUCUCUUUUUCAUAUUUGCCGAGAACAAUCAUAGGAAGAGAAAAAAAACAUCGAAGAGAAGAUACGCGGGGUUACCGAGCUAAAAUGUCGUUCUUUCGUUUCUUCCCUCCUUUUUCUUCCUUUUUUUUUGUUUGUUCUCGGACGGACCUGGUCAACUGAGCUGAACGUCAGUGGGAGCCAGAUUCAGGGGAAUGGGAAAGGAAAGAAAAAGGAUCCUUAGGAUCAGGAAGCGGAAUAGCAGGGGCGAGGGGGAAAGCAUUGGGUUGUUGGCAUUCAUCAUUCAUCCAUGGAUAAUGUGUUCGUGCUUGCUCGUUGCAAAAUCUCCCGCUUUACAUAGUUUGUGAUUCACAUCUGUUCGCGCGCUCUCUCUCUCUCUCACACUCUCUCUCUCUCUCUACCAUUUUUUUUUUCUUUUUUUUUUUUUUUUUUCUUUUGUUUAAAGCAACUCAUUAUCAUGCUUCGGCUUCGGUGUGUUUUUUUCGUCUCUUUUCUGUUUUGUUUUGUUUUGCUCUUUUUUAAGCAGCGGGGAUGGGAUGUGGGAUUGGAUGAGAUGGUUCAGAGAUGUAGUUAGUUUGGGGAUGGAAAUAUAAUUGGCAGCGGAGUGUCUUGAUAUAAUUUUUUUUUCUUUACUUUUUUAGGGAUGAUGAUGAUGAUGAUGAUGAUG